AUGUGCAUUGUUUUCUUCCAAAUCAACCAGAGUUGUACAGCGAAGCAUAAACUGAUAAUCGCCGCGAACCGAGACGAAUAUCUUAAUCGACCAACGCAGCCAGCAGGGUUUCUUGCCGACAACCCAAACAUAUUAUGUGGUGUGGACCUACAGCCUGGUGUGAAGGGAGGGACAUGGUUUGGUGUCAACAAGCAGGGAAAGUUUGCUUUUCUCACCAAUUAUUUGACUCCAAAAGAAGACGCUUUUACCGAUAAAGUGUCGCGAGGGUUUAUUGUUCGUAAUUUUUUAGAGAAUGAAAUGAAUCCACAUGAUUAUAUAGCAAGCACACUCAUGUCUCGUGAACAUAGACCACACCAUUUUGUUGGGGGCCAGUUCACUAAUAACUGCCAGAACAUGAAUGUUAGCUACUUUGGAACGCAUGAUAGUAGCUCCCCACUCAAUUUAGAUGAUGGCGUUUAUGCUCUCGCUUGCUCUACUUUGGGAACAAAAUGGCGGAAAGUUAAUCAUGGCAGCAAUAAGUUUCAAAAAGUAAUUCAAAACCCAAACAGUUCAACUAAAGAAUUAAUGGAUAAUUUAUUCACUGAUGUUCUGUCAGAUAAAACCCCCCUUUAUCCCGACGCACUUGUAAAAAAGCAGUCUGGUUCUUACUUGCCUGAGGAAUUUUUAAAGCUGUAUUGUUCAGUUAUGAUAUCUGGGUAUCCAGAUUAUGGUACACGGAUGCAAACGGUGUUAAUAGUUGUAAUAAUAAUCAAAUGCACUUCGCUGAGAGGACCAUUAAUCCAAAUACAGUUGAACCAAAUCCUUCAAGUUAUUUUACUUUUCCAAUUGAUAGCGGUAUAUAAACCAUAG